AUGUCAAUCGGUUCCAUCUUCAUGCGCUAUAAGUGGGGUUUAGCCCCUGGGCAUGUUUAUGCGAGAAAUACACCACUAGAGGAGAGAGAACAGCCGCAUGCUAAGAUGGUACCCACACUGACAGAGACUUUGAAUGAGGAGGAAAUUGGAUUGGUUGACGAUGCAGAGCUCACCAACGUUGGAGAAGACAGUGGAAAUUCUGUAGAUUCCAACGGCAAGGAUGAUACUGACAAAUUAUGA